UCCCGCCAGGGACGCGGUAGAGAAGAGAAAUGAAGGAGGUUCAAGCUUCGGAGAAGGAACACAAGCGAUCUUCGGUGCUCGCAAAUCGCAGAUCCAAGUCAAUCUCCGAUCAAGCGAAGGAGCCUCAAAAAAUCACGAAAAAGAGCUUGAAUGCGGCGUUUGCAGAUGUUUCUGAGGAUGUAUCACAGGAAUCGACAGGUGAUUCAAUUGAUUUUUCGCGGAUUUCAGAGGUUUUUGAUGGAAAUCGGCAUAGAGAAUCCAUAGAGAGUGUCAAGGUGUUGAAUCCUGCUCUAUCGACCUCUUCCGAAACAUCCGCGCUGUUUGAUAUCGCUCCAUCAUCAAAGAUCUCAACCAAAAAGAAUGAAUUAGAAAAUGUUUUAGUGGAGUCCUACGGAAUGGCGGGAUCGGACGGUUUGAAGAUUGAAUCCUUGGAAGCAGAGAUCGUGGUGGAACUUCUCACACAAGCACGAGCGCAGGUUUUGAAUUCAUCUGAUACAGAUAUUCGAUCCAAGAGGCUUUUGGAUACAUUGAUCAAGAUCAUUAUAGAUGAAACAUAUCUCUUGCCUGGACAAACAGAUCAGUUCCCUGGAGUCGUGUUCGCAAGAACUCGCCUUUUGAUGGUGUGUUUCUUGCUGUGGAUCCUCACAAUAUCAGUGGUUUCCUUCAUUCGUUCAGGUGCUCAAGGCUCUAUUUAUGAACCUCCACCAACCUGAAAUGUUUGGCGUGAGACCUUCAUCCUCUGAUCACUCAUGACCGGUAUGACAUUUUUUGUUUUUAGAAGUAGUAGGCUUAUUCCUUGCUCGUUCAUGAGGUGCUGUUGAAUAUUCAAUGAUUUGAUAGUGGUCCUGCUAGAGCAAUAAUUGGCAAUUGCAUAAUCCUGCAUUGAGUAGAUACAUGAAUCAAAUCAAUUGAGUACAAUUUAACAGAAUUAAGUAGCUGAAUGACAUUAUAUUUUCAUCUUAAAAGUU